UUAAAGAGCAUGUGAUCAUUCAGUCACUUCUGAUUGGCCGAUCACCUCCUGUCCUGACACUUAAAAGUAGAGAACCAACUAGCUCGUCUCAGUGAUGAAAAUGACUCCUCUGGUGUUUGCUGGCUGUGUGACAUGUCUGCUGCUGGGUACAGUGGCUUAUUCUUGGGCUCAGAAAUCGUCUGCAUCUUUACAUUUUAAGUCAGUUCUUGUUGGAGAGGAAGUGACUUUAAAAUGUUCACAUCAAGGCACUCUGAUAGAUUUCUUUUUGUGGUAUAAACAACCUUUGGGACAGAAGCCACAACUCAUGUCUACGUUUUUUAAUUAUAAGAAAAAUGGAACUCUAGUGGAUCCCUUCAAGAACGAUCCACGGUUUGAACUGGAGACAGUUAAAGACAGAAAUCACUUGAAGAUCUCAAAUGUGGAAAUGUCAGACUCAGCUACUUACUACUGCAUCAGCUCUUAUUCUUACACAUUCACAUUUUUGGAAGGCUUUAGUGUCCAUGUGAAGAACUCUUCUUCUUACAUCCAGGCUUCAGUAGAUCAGUCGUCCUCUGAGAACAUCCAUGCAGGAGACUCUGUGACUCUGAACUGUACAGUACACACUGGGAGCUGUGAUGGAGAACACAGAGUUUACUGGUUCAAAGACUCUGGAGACUCUCAUCCAGGACUCAUUUACACUGAUGGAGGCAGGAAGGAUCAGUGUGAGAGUAAGAAGAACACACAAACACACAGUUGUGUCUAUGAACUGUCUAUGAAGAACCUGACUGAGUCUCAUGCUGGGAUCUACUACUGUGCUGUUGCCUCAUGUGGACACAUACUGUUUGGAAACGGAACCAAACUGGAUCUCACAGGUCAGCCAAACUCUUGGUUGGUUUAUUAUUUAACUGGAUCUUUGACCUUCAUGAGCGUCCUUGUUGUUUUUCUGGUUUACAAGAUUCAAAAACAGAUGUGCUGCCAGUCUAAAGAUGGAAGCUCAGCAACUGCCUGUACCCCAAACACAGAGAACAAGAACAAAGACUCAGAAAACCUCCAUUACGCUGCUGUUAAUGUCAAGAGGUCCAACAGAUCCAGAAGACAGAAGAACGACUUGAACACAGACUGUGUUUAUACGACUGUGAGACAACAGAACUGAACCUGGUUCUCAUUAAAUCAGCUGAUGUUAUUUUCUCCAAAACUUUUAACUUUUUUUUUGAUCAUACAUACUUUUAUUGUCUGAUUGCUGAAAGCAAUCAGAGUAUGUUAUCCUACUUUUUCUUCCGUCCACUUUUUUGGAUCGCUACUAGUCCUAGAGUUUUAAAGAUAUUAAAACAAUUCCAAAAGUAGUUUGUAGAGCUCCAUUGGGAAUAGUGUGCUAUUACUUUUUGUAGUGAUUGGAGUUAUGGUUGAUUUUAUAUGAAUAUUUUUAUGAAUUAUUUUUCCCAUUGAAAAUGAAUAGGGAGCACUUUCAAAGGCUCAUAACUUGAAAAAUACUGAAGAUAUUGUUAUGAAACUUUAGUAUGUUGUAGUCCAUAGUAAUCUACACAAGCUAUAAGAAUUGUAGCUCAAUAGUGCUCUAUAGCGCCACCAGGUGGCUGAAAUUUGUUAUCUCGAAUACCGUAAGUCGUGUUGAUGUGCUUUCUUUUUCUGUGUGUUCCUUAGAUGCUACUGAAGUUUUUU